AUGAGAAAUGAUCAUGGAAAACAACCUGCAAAAAGAAUCUUGUAUAAAGAUUUACCAGAAGAGAAGAAGGAGGAGAUUCGUAGAAAGCAAAGAGAAAGAUAUGCUAAACAAAGAGCAUAUAGAAGCAACUCGAUUCGUAUUAAUGAUUCGACAUCAUUUGGUGAUGAUGAUUCUAAUAGAUCUGUUGGUGAUCAAACGACUACGUCAAUUGCUCGAUAUUCAAACAAUGACGUCCAAUAUACAGACAACAUUGAAGACUUUAGUCUUGUUCAAAGAGUAUCAAAGAGACAACGAAAUUCUGAUAUUCAUAUUGAUAUCACUGAAGAUGAUUCGUCUCGUGAACCAUGUGUUCUUCAUGGUGUUGAUGUAUGUGUCAUUAAUUCAGAGACACAUUCAUCUAUAACCAAUGUCUCUGAAUCUUCUAAUCAACUCUUUAUCCAGCAGGAUCCAUAUGUUGUUCGAGAGGAGUCAAGCUAUGGUCAGUCGCAUCACGGUUCUACUGGAUUGAGACAAUUGUUGAAAGUAGUGCCAUCUGAAGCGUAUUCUCUACCAUUAGUACCCAGCUGCAUACACUGUAAAGCAAAGCGAUUCUGUCAUGAAACAACUGGCUUUUGCUGUGCUGAUGGGAAAAUUUAUUUAGCCACAAAUGAUGUUCCUGAUCAGCUUUAUGCAUUGUUCACCUCCAACACGGAUGAAUCUACACAUUUUAGGACUUACAUUCGAACUUAUAACAACAAGUUCGCUUUUACAUCAUUCGGAGUGAAAUUUGAUAAAGAUCUAUGUAGGAGAAAUAGAGGAAUUUAUACUUUCAGAACUCAGGGACAGAUCUAUCACUACAUCAACGACUUGCUUCCUUCAAAUGGUUGUCCUUCUCAUCUCCAGUUGUAUUUCUAUGAUACAGAACAUGAAUUAGAAAAUCGCAUUUCUGAUUCAAAUAGAAUGGAUCCAUCAAUUAUAGCUCAACUCAUCGAUAUUCUUCGCAUCAAUCCAUAUUCCAUUUUUUUCCGUUCUCUUGGUGAUUUGCCAGAUUUAGAAAAUCAAAAAAUCCGCAUAAGAUCAGAUGCUGGCCUAGAUCAACGUGUAUUUAAUGCCCCUACAUCUUCACAAGUUGCAGCAAUAUGGGUAGAAAAUGAUGAUGGAGGUCAACUAAGAGGACGCGAUAUUUUUGUCUUUAACCAUUCUGGUGGAAGUCAUAUAGUUCAGUACUAUUUUGGAUGUUAUGAUCCGCUGCAAUAUCCAUUAUUAUUUCCUUUUGGUGAAAUUGGUUGGCAUCAAGGAAUUGAAAGGGUAAGUAGAGGAAGAAGAUCUACACAUAACGAAACAAGCCGAUCAAUAAAUCCUCAACAAUCAGGAACUGCAGAUGAAUUACUUGCAAGAGAACAACGAGCAUUAAACAGAGAAAGGAAGGAUCCGAUUGUUUCUUGUCGUGAAUAUUAUUGUUACAAAUUGCAAAUAAGAGAAAAUGUCAAAUCAAUUUUACUACUUUCUGGUCGACUACUGCAACAAUUUGUAGUAGAUAUGUAUGUCAAAAUCGAGACGUCAAGAUUAGAUUAUUUUAGAAAUAACCAACAACAUAUCCGAUCAGAGGUAUAUCAAGGUAUUGUUGAUACCAUUACGCUUGGGGAAACAAACGCUUCUAAUGUUGGGAAACGGAUUAUACUGCCUUCGUCAUUUAUUGGAGGUCCAAGAGAUAUGAGGAAAAGAUAUAUGGAAGCAAUGGCUUUAGUUCAACGAUAUGGCAAACCAGACAUUUUCUUAACAAUGACGUGCAAUCCAAACUGGCAAGAAAUUACAAAUGAAUUAAGUCCGCAUGAGGAGAGUCAGAAUCGACCUGACUUGGUUGCUCGGGUCUUCCAUUCAAAAUUAGAAGAAUUAAAGGAUCAAUUAUUCAAGAAGCAUAUUUUUGGUAAAGUCUCAGCAUAUGUCUACGUUAUCGAGCACCAAAAAAGAGGUCUUCCACAUGCGCAUUUUUUAAUUAUCUUACAGAAUGAUUGGAAAGUCUAUGCGCCUGAAUCUUUUGAUGAGAUCGUAUCAGCAGAGAUACCUGAUAAAAAUACAAACAUGUACUUGCAUAACGUUGUUGUCAAGCAUAUGAUGCAUGGACCAUGUGGAGCCUUGAACCCAUCAAAUGUUUGCAUGAAAAGAAAUGGUUGUUGCAAAAGUAAUUAUCCAAAGAAUUAUGCAUCUGCUACGACUGUUGGAAAUGAUUCAUUCCCAAUAUAUAGACGUAAGAACGAUGGAAUAACUGUCAAAGUUAGAGGCAAAAAUUUAGACAAUCGUUGGGUUGUGCCAUAUAAUCCAUAUCUGCUUGCAACAUUUGACUGUCAUAUCAAUGUUGAGAUUUGUUCUACAAUACAAGCAGUCAAAUAUCUUUAUAAGUACAUUUAUAAAGGGCAUGAUCGUGUUGCUUUCAACCUGGUAUCUGAACAAAACAAUCGACAAGUUGAUGAAAUCCAACAAUUCCAAUCGGCUCGAUGGAUUACUCCCCCCGAAGCUAUGUGGAGAAUAUAUGGGUUUGUUAUUAAUGAAAUGUAUCCUGCAGUGUAUAGUUUACAUUUACAUCUAGAAGAUCAACACCCAGUGACUUUCCGAGCAAAUGAAGAUCUAAUUAACGUUGUCAGUUUAGAUCGUUCCAGAAAAUCGAUGUUAACAGAAUUUUUUACAUUAAAUCGAGUAGAUGAUAAUGCAAAGAGAUUACUGUAUAAAGAAUUUCCGGAAUAUUAUGUUUGGAACCAACAAUACAAAGAGUGGACUCCUCGGAAAAAGAAAACUGUUAUAGGUCGUAUUGUUACAGUAAAUCCAUUUGAAGGCGAGAGAUAUUAUCUGCGGAUAUUACUAAACCAUAUAAGAGGACUUUUGUCCUUUGAAGAUCUUAGAACAGUUGAUGGUGUUGUGUCCCCAACAUUUCGCGAAGCAGCAACAAUGCAUGGUUUGCUACAAAGAGAUAGUAGCUUAGAAGAUUGUUUACAAGAAGCAUCUCUGUAUCAAAUGCCCUCCAGUUUUAGACGAUUAUUUGCAACAAUAUUGGUUUAUUGUAAUCCAACCAAUCCCAGGGAACUAUGGGAACGUUUCGAGCAAGACAUGUCAGUUGAUUUCAAAUCAACAGAAAAUUCUAUAUCAAAUGUAAGAACCAAAGUAUUGAGGUCAAUCUCCUUCACAAUCGAAUCAAUGGGCAAAUAUAUUAAUUCCUACAAUCUACUUGAUGAUGACAUCUGUUUUGAUGAAGAAGAAUUUCAGUCUAGAGAAAUCGAUGAUAAAUUGGCUGUUGAAAUUCCAGAAGAAGAUAUUGCCGCAUCAGAAUCUCUUAACAGUGAACAAAAACAUGUCUAUAAUGCAGUGUUGGAAAAAGUAUUUGCAAACCAAAAUGCUGCAUUCUUUGUAGAUGGACCGGGUGGUACAGGGAAAACAUUCUUAUACAAAGCACUUCUCGCAACAGUACGAUCAAGAAAAUUGGUAGCACUUGCAACUGCUUCAUCAGGUGUUGCCGCAUCUAUUCUUCCGGGAGGUCGAACGGCACACUCACGUUUCAAGCUUCCACUUGAUACUGACAAAAAAAGCACGUGUUGUGUCAGCAAACAAAGUGCAUUGGCAAACCUACUUCGUUCAGCAAAACUAAUAAUAUGGGUUGAGGCUCCAAUGACAAGAAAACAACACAUCGAAGCAUUAGAUAAAAUGCUACGAGACAUCAAUAAUUCGGAUGUAACAUUCGGUGGAAAGGUUGUUGUUUUCGGCGGAGAUUUUCGACAGGUUUUACCAGUGGUUCGCAAAGGAACAAGACAAGAACAGGUUACUUCCAGUUUGGUUUAUUCGUAUUUGUGGCCUACAUUGACCAAGUUCCACUUAACUGAAAAUAUGCGGGCAAGAUUUGAUCCAGUUUUUUCAGAUUAUGUGUUAGAAGUAGGCAACGGAAUGCCGCCGAACACAAUUGAUGAAACCAUAAAAAUCCCGAAUGGGAUGCUUGUUCCCUAUGAAGAUGACAACACUUCUUUAGACCAUUUAAUAGAAGAUGUUUUCCACAAUAUUCAAGAAUAUUCAGCAAAUAUUUCAACUAUGAUGAAUCGGGCCAUAUUAACACCAAAGAAUGGUUCUGUUGAUGAAAUAAAUGCAUUGUUGAUUCAUAGGUUUCCAGGUGAAGUUCAUCAAUAUUACAGUUUUGAUGAGACAAUAGAUGCAUCAGAACAAUCAGUUAUGGAAGAUUUCUUAAAUACUCUAACCCCAAAUGGACUUCCGCCUCAUGAAUUAUUACUCAAGAAAAACUGUCCCAUCAUGCUGCUUAGAAACAUUAAUCCUUCAGAAGGUUUAUGCAAUGGAACCCGUUUAAUUUGUCGAUCUUUUGAUCGAAAUAUCAUAGAUGCAGAAAUUGCAGUUGGACAUCAUAUCGGAAAAAGGGUGUUCAUUCCAAGGAUACCAUUCUUACCAAAUGUUGAUGAAAAUAGUGGUUUUCCAUUUAAACGAACUCAGUUCCCUAUAAGAUUAAGUUUUGCAAUGACUAUAAAUAAGUCACAAGGGCAGACAUUGGAUUAUGUUGGGAUUUAUUUACCUCAACCAGUUUUUUCACAUGGUCAAUUAUAUGUGGUUUUAUCAAGGGCCAAGACAGCAUCUACAGUGAGGAUUCUAAUACGACCAGUGUCCACUGAACAACGUGAAAAUAACUACACAAAAAAUAUUGUGUUCACGGAAUUACUAACAUUAUCAUGUUCAAAUUAA